AUGGUACAAAAGGCUUUGAAAGUGAAUAGAAAGGUUAAGGAUCCUCGUCGUGUAACAAAGAAACAAAAAAAUUUAAAAGCUGCAGCUCCAAGAAUUAUUAAAUCGAAGAAGAAAUCUUUACAACAUAUGAAGAAAUUAAAUAAGACUGCAUCUUUAACUCAGGCAACUGAAAGACUCGUAGCUAGUAAAGUGGGUCAUUUGGAAUUAUUGAAAGGAACAAGAAGAGAACUUGAAAAAAAGGCUAAGAAGUAA